UUUAUUAUUGUAAUCGUCACGUAAGCUGUGGAUUAUAAACAGUUUUUUAAUGUGCAUCAAUCGUAUAAAGUUUGUUAUGGUCGAAAAACAGUUCCAAAGAGUGUUGUUGAUUUUAUGUAUUUUGAUGCAACAUGCCUUGUCAAAUGUGUACAAAAAUAUAUAGUGUUUAUGAGGAAAAAUAAGAAGCAGUAAGAUUUAAUAGAAUAUUAACUAAUUUUCAUAAUAUCAAAGCUACUAGAACCGAAAAGGUUAUGUUACCGCGCAAUCUUCAAAAGCUGAAAGAAUACCUUAAGAGACGAACGAAGACUGAAGUGCAUAAAUCAGAUAGUAAUUAUAAUGAGAACUGGAACAAUGUUCGAUAGCCGUGAAAUUGGAAAACGAAUACGUCGGUUGGUUGAUGGAAAUUAUUCAUAUCGGAAGAUUCUUAUCCUAAUUAUCAUUUGCGGUGGCAUAUUGCUUUACUUUGGUCCACCUUUUGCACAAUGGCUAUUUUCUUCUACUGGAGAAUCAACGCAAGCAUUUGAAGAGUAUUGUCUCAGUGAAAGGCUGGCUCCAUUUCGGUUAGAUGCUGAAGAGUAUAAUGUAAAUAUACUUCAUAAUCCACCAAAGGAGACAGAUAAACGUUAUUUACCAUAUAUUGGCAAUGGAAUUUUUGGCAUUCCAAUUUCACCUGAUGCUUGGUUAUACAUUAAACGAGGACGAGCAUUAUCCUUACAAGUGCAAUGGCAACCAUUGAUUUCACAUCCUUUAUCCAAAGGGAACUUUCAUAAGGAAGCUACGGUUACUGAUUUUACAAAUGGAAUUGUUUAUCAAUAUCAGUGCCUCAGAGACAAGUAUUACACAGAAUUCCAGUAUUAUGCUCACAGAGUGUUUGAUGCAAUAAUGGUUCAACAUAUAAAGAUAGUGAAUCCAUUUUCACUUUCCCAAAAUGUACCAUUGAAGCCUCAAGUAUCUGCACAUUGGAGCAACGCUCGCAUGGAAUCAAUUAAAAUUCAAGUAGAUGAUUUUAAACAUGAGUACAGCCUAAUUUCCGGUUUUGUUCCACUGCCUAAUUCAAAUAAGGUUGUAACUGUUGCAAUACUUUACAAAGUCCCUCCAAGAAUAAUACAAGUUAAAGCAAGAAGUACUGUAAAUCUGAAGUACUUCACAAGUAUACAAUACAGCGAACCUGUAUUUAUUGAGGAUUAUCAUACGCAGUAUGAAAUGACAAAGAAGAAAGCUAUUGAGGCAAUGAAAAGAGUAAUCAGAAUUCAAAAACGAAAUUUGAAAACUAGUCAUAGUAACCUUUGGCAAAGUUAUUGGUAUACGAGUCUUAGAAUAAGCGAUUCCAAAGCCGAUGGUGCUAUUAAUGGUGACAAAAUAAAUUCCACUAUUUAUUACGUGCUGUCUCACGUUUCAAAGGGUAUCCGAGAUGUAGAGAAAAAUGUAGCUAUGAAUGAAGGUUGUUAUCGUGGACAUCAUACUUUAGAUGCACCACGUUUAUGGAAAGAUACAUCUACUAUUGAUGGUGUGAACAAUGUAGUUGAAGCAUGGUUAAUUACUCUGGAAAAACAAGGGUGCCAUCAUUUAAUGACAGGUGAUCCAUCAGCAGUACAACAAGCAAUUGUUCUAAGCCUUGGCAGUCUACGAUUUAGCAAUCAACACCUUGAAUUUAAUAUUGAUCCACAGUAUCUUCAUCGAGAUUAUUUAUUCAGAAAAAUAAGUUACGGUAAUGUAACUCAUUUAAAUAUAUCAGUAACAGUCGGAGAAGAUAAUCGGGCAAUUUUAGGAGUAGCUUUAGAUAAAAGUGACAGCGUCUAUUUUGGCUGCGAUGCAGGCUGUUUAGAUGCGCCUGUCUCUUUAAGUCAGUCAUAUACAAAUUUUCCUGUGAAAUUAACAAAACCACUGACGGCUAUAUUAUAUAUAACAUCUGAUCAUCAACAUAUGCAAGAUCUGCGAAAUGCGUUGCACGUUCAUGCAGUAAACGAUGCUCCUGCACACGAUCACCUUGUAAUGGCUUUACACAAACAUGGAUAUCAACUUGGUGGGCUACCAACACUUUUUUGGGUUAGCAUUUGUUUUCUUAUAUUUGUGUUUCAUCUGUUUCUUUGUAAACUUAUUAUUAAUGAAUAUUAUGGUCAUCAAGAUAAACAGAAAGUCAGAUAUAGUAAGUUAUGA